GUCUCAUUUCCGCCUCUCCAUUCCCUGCCGCCCCCAAACCGAGAGAGAGAGAGAGAGAGAUGGGUCGUGUGAUCAGAGCUCAGCGUAAGGGUGCAGGCUCAGUGUUCAAGUCUCACACCCAUCACCGCAAAGGACCGGCCAGGUUCCGAAGCCUCGACUUCGGCGAGCGCAACGGCUACCUCAAGGGCGUUAUCACAGAGAUCAUCCACGACCCGGGUCGGGGUGCCCCUUUGGCCCGCGUCACCUUCCGCCAUCCCUUCCGAUACAAGCACCAGAAGGAGCUCUUUGUCGCCGCCGAGGGCAUGUACACCGGUCAGUUCGUGUACUGCGGCAAGAAGGCCAAUCUCAUGGUCGGUAAUGUCCUUCCUCUCAGAUCCAUCCCCGAGGGUGCUGUUGUGUGCAACGUCGAACAUCAUGUGGGUGAUCGUGGGGUCUUCGCUAGGGCUUCUGGUGACUAUGCUAUUGUGAUAAGUCAUAACCCAGAUAAUGGAACAUCAAGGAUCAAACUCCCAUCAGGAUCAAAGAAGAUUGUUCCUAGUGGCUGUCGUGCCAUGAUUGGCCAAGUUGCUGGAGGAGGGCGUACUGAGAAGCCCAUGCUCAAGGCUGGGAACGCAUAUCACAAGUUCAGGGUUAAGAGGAACUGUUGGCCAAAGGUCCGUGGUGUGGCCAUGAAUCCUGUGGAGCAUCCUCAUGGUGGUGGUAACCACCAACAUAUUGGUCACGCCAGCACUGUUCGCCGUGAUGCACCACCCGGGCAAAAGGUUGGUCUUAUUGCUGCUAGGAGGACUGGUCGUCUCCGUGGACAAGCUGCUGCUACUGCUGCCAAAGCUGAUAAGGCUUAGAUAGAUUUAACAAUGGUGGCUUUAUCUUUGUUAUGUUCUUUCCUUAAACUGUGUUUCAGUCCAAUAUUUACUUGCAACAUUGCGGUGAUUAGGAGGAUAGAAGAUAUAGUAAGUUUUGUCUGGAACUAUUAUUGCCAGUGUUGUUUUGAUUGUUUUAUUGACAUGGUUUUUAAUCUGAAGUGCUCUUUAAAUUACGUGGAUCAUUAA